CGCACAGAGGAGGGAGUGUGAGCCAGCGAGCCGCUCGCAAUGGCACCACCGUGCACCGGCCGCAGGUUGGGGCACCUCAGCAGCCUCGUCGCCUACCUGGCUGUUUUCUCCUACCUGUCCGUCGCCGCCUCGGUCAGCCUGGAUCUCACCCAAGCCAACAGAGUCUCCAAGAUCAAGGUGAACCCGAGGGGGAAUCUCUGGGCGACAGGCCAUUUUAUGGGGAAGAAGAGUGUGUUUGACUAUCCAGAUGGACAUAACGGGACCCCGGCGCGACUGGCCCCCGCCCCCCCUGAAGACCACAGGGCUCUGGGGACCCCGCAGGGCCGGAGAAUGCUGGAGUUAGCCUUGGCUCAGGAGGCAGAGGGGAGGCUAGUGAGGUACGACUCCGGCGCUCAGGAAACAGGAUUAAUAACAAAGAUUAUUGAGAGAUACGUUAAAAACACGAAGAUAUGAUGAUGGUCAAGCUGAGCCUUGGUGAAGAUGAGACAUCAACACACUGGGAGGAGGAGUUACAACCACCCAACGUAGCCAUUUUAUUGUAACAAUAGUGCAUUCACGUCACCUACUUUAUGUGUUGUUUCUGUACACUUAUCCAUAAAUUAAAGAGGGAGCAAGGACUAUUCUAUAUUUUUCUGACUUUUUUGCAUUGUUAAAGCACUUUUAAUGUAAACCGUCAGGCUAUA